AUGGAACACGAGCAGCAGCCAAACCACCGCCAGCAACGAGCCAGCGGAACAAAACGAGCAAAACAGCCAGGAACACCAUCCAAGCGCAAGCGAACAGCCGAGCCGACGUCCCACCAGCAGCAGCUCAUCACAAACCAAUUCAACCACCACCACCACCAUGUCCAUCCCCAGACACAGCCCGCACCCGCAGCCCACCUCCAGCUCUCGAUCAUGCCCACUGACGAAGACUUCCCGAUGAUCAGAUGCGGCUGGAACAACUGUCGCCAGGGCUUCUGGAUCCUCGAAGACCUCAUCGAUCAUCUCGUCGGCGAAAACGGCCACGUCCCGCCCGAUCCGACCGCGCCCAGAGGCCAGAAAUGCCCCUGCGAAUGGGUCGGCUGUCCCAAACAGGGCAAGCCUCAGGGCAGCAGGAUGGCCCUCCUGGUCCAUCUCCGAAGCCACACGGGCGAGAAACCGUUCCCGUGCUACAAGCCAGAAUGCGACAAGACGUUUUCGCGCACGGAUGCGCUGGCCAAGCAUGUCCGGGUCACCCACGGCGAGAUCCUGCCCACGCUGCGUGGAUCGACGGGCGACAAGCUGAAGACGAGCACGAACUCGGCCGUCAGUGGGGGCAAGAAGGGGAAGGGCGAGAACGAGUCGGAGGGGGAGGAGGAGGCAGGCCUGGGGGAAGAGCUGCCGGCCUCGUCGAGCAAGCCGCUCAGCGACCCCCCGCUGCUCGUCCCCGCCGCGCCCCUCGACCAGCCCAAGCCGCCCGCAGAGAAAGACUUGCUCGAGAUCAUCAACGAGAACGGGAAGUGCUUCGACGAGAAGAUCGACGCCGACCUGCGCACCGAGGAGGAACGCAAGUCGCUCGAGGAGCUCCGCUUUAAAUACCCCUCCGUCGACUUCAACUUCCUCGAACUCGUCGUCCUCAAGGCCAAGAUCAAGUUCGCACUCGGCGAGCGCGAGAUCCUCAAGGCCGAGCUCAACUUGGUGCAAACGAAGGAAGAGAGCGUCAAGAAACAGAAAGAUGCGUUUCUCGACGAGAUCAUGCGGUUCCAGAUCGGGCCGGAGUCGAAGGAGCUGUGGCGGUCGACGAUCGAUAAUCUGGACGCACUCCCGUCCCCGCCCGCCUCGAUUCCUGCACGCCCGAACCACCACCACCACCACCACCACCAUCCUCAUCCUCCUCACGACCAACAACAUCCCCCGCCUCCUCAGCAUCAGCAACAGCAGCCUCCUCAACCGUACCACCACCACCAUCACCAACAGCCCCAUCCAUAA